AUGAAUGGAGGGGUUCAAGGCAGUUUUAAGGGUGAGAAGGGGCUACGUCAAGGGGAUCUUAUGUCGCCGCUUUUGUUUGUUUUAAUCAUGGAAUAUCUUACUCGGAGUCUUCAAUUGACAGCUCAAGAUUCUGCUUUCAGGUUUCACCCUAUGUGUAAAAGUCUUAAACUUCUUAGUUUAUGCUUUGCAGAUGACCUGAUUUUAUUUUGUAAAGGGUCUCUUUCUACUGUUCGAGUGCUCAAAGUAGCUCUAGAGGAGUUCAGUUCUACUACGGGGCUCCAUAUCAAUACCAGCAAAUCUCACAUCUUCUUUGGGGGAGUUUCUGUUGCUGAUAGACAGACCAUAGCUGCUGAGAUACAACUUAAGGAAUGGACAUUUCCUCUUAAAUAUCUAGGUGUUCCUAUGAGACCAACUAAAUGGAAGCAUGAAGAUUGUGAUAUUAUCAUCCAAAAAUUCAAAUUGCGGUUACAUACUUGGGCUAGUAGGCAUUUAUCCUUUGCUGGCCGUAUCCAGCUUAUUCAUUCAGUCCUAUUUGGGCUGCGGAAUUACUGGAUGAGCAUUUUUGUGCUUCCCGAAACUUAUGGAGGUCUCGAGUUCAGAAAUGGUUCAGUUUGGAAUCGAGCCAUAGACUCAAAUUUCUGGACUUACAAACUGCCACUUGAUACGAGCUGGUAUUGGAGGAAGUUAUGUAAUUUGAGGGGAAAAUUCAUUCAUGAUGAGGUGAAAGCUACUGGUGCUUCAGGGAAGUUUCAAACCUCUAAACUCUACAACAGUACUCUUUGCCAACAACAGGUGGCCUAUCAUCAUGCUGUUUGGUGUAGGCUGUCUAUCCCUAAGCACAGGUUUUGUGUGCCACUUGAGUCUCUUUUGUGUCCUGCUUGUGGUGUCUCUAUUGAGAGUCACUCUCAUCUGUUCUUUGAGUGCUAUCUGUCCAAUAAGGUUACUGAUAUAAUCUUUGCUUGGAUGGGAUUUAAAGCUUGGCCUAAAGAGUUUACUGGUUGGACGGUUUGGCUUGCUAGCAGUAGACCAGGAAUCUUUUUUUCCAUCACUAAUAUGAUAUUGGCUGCUGUUAUCUAUAACAUUUGGAGGAAUCAAAACAGAUGUAUAUAUGAUGGAGUUACUUGGACUGCUGAUUGUCUAGGUACAGAUUAUUCUUUGUAA